UCGUGAGGACGGCCAUGACAGAAAAUGUUCGAAUACAGGCAAAUGUUAUUUCGGAUGUAUAGACGGUUAUUAUGGAAACAAUUGUUUACACAAUUGUACGUAUCAAAGUUGCAUAAGCUGUUACCAAAACACGGGUCAUUACUGUUUAAAAUGUAAAUCCGGAUACUAUUUGUACUAUACUCAUUGUCAUCCUUGUAAUUCAAAAUGCAAAUCAUGCGAUUCUCUACAACGUUGUCUAUCGUGUUAUGAUGGCCACUGGGGAAGUACAUGCCAAAACAAAUGUUCUAGCGAAUGCAAAAACGGACAUUGUGAUGAAGAAAGUUCUUCAUGCCGAUGCAGUCCGAACUAUAAAGGUGAAACAUGUGACCAGUGUGCAAAUGGAUGGUUUGGACAGACCUGUCAAUAUGAAUGUUCUAGGGAUUGUAAAAACGGAUAUUGUGAUAAGGAAAGUGCUGUAUGCCGAUGCAGUCCGAACUAUAAAGGUGAAACCUGUGACCAGUGUUCAAAUGGGCGGUUUGGAAAGACCUGUCAAUAUUGGUGUUCUAGAGCUUGCAAAAACGGACAUUGUGAUGAGGAAAGUGGUUUUUGCCGAUGCAGUCCCAACUUUAAAGGUGAAACCUGUGACCAGUGUUCGAAUGGACAAUUUGGUGAGAAAUGUGAGCACAAUUGCUCACUUGGCUGUGAAUUUGGUAAUUGCACGAGGGACACAGGCUUUUGUCCUUGUAAGUCUGAAUGGAGCGGUCAAAGAUGCAAAACAAAAACUGAAACAAACGUGGAACAGCACACUCAGUCAAUUGCAGCUCUUUUAGGAGGAGUCUGCGGAGGCGUUGUAAUUUUUGUUGGCAUUGUGGUUAUUGGACAUUUUUUGCUUCGAAGAAGAAGAGCAAAUUUC